CUAAUCAAAAAUAAAAAAUAAAAAAUAUAAAAGGUACCAAAUGGAUGCUCAUGACUCGUUUGGUUAGGGCACUAGAGCAGCAACACGCCAGGACGAAAGGCCGACACUACGGUAGGGUUUGCGAAGUCGGGAACAAGGAGAAUAUAUGUACACAUAUAUCUAAAAGUCGAGAGCAUGGAUUUCUGCAGCUCUCCGUAGCAACGCCGGCGGGGGCGAUCUAUGGUAGGCGGAACAUUCACGUCGGAAUUCUGACGAGGUUUAAUUUAGUUGCUUGGAGACGGCUUCUGUAAUGGCAGCGACAGCUACAUACCCACCUCCCCCUCCGUACUAUAAACUAUACAAGGAUUAUAUUGAAAACCCUGAAUCUGCUCCAGAGCCACCGCCACCUACUGAAGGCACCUAUGUUCUCUUUGGUGCCAGUUACAUGACUGAUGAUGUGCUUCCAAGCUUGGAGGAGCAGGGAGUUCGUCAGCUCUACCCAAAAGAACCAAACAUUGAUUUCAAGAAGGAAUUGAGGACGCUAAAUAGAGAAUUGCAGCUGCAUAUUUUAGAGCUUGCUGAUGUUCUUGUGGAGAGGCCAUCACAGUAUGCAAGGAGAGUGGAGGACAUAUCUCUUAUAUUCAAGAAUUUACAUCACCUUCUCAAUUCAUUGCGUCCCAACCAGGCUAGAGCAACACUCAUUCACAUCCUUGAACUUCAAAUACAAAGUCGCAAACAGGCUUUAGAAGAUAUUAAAAGGAGGAGAGAAGAAGCACAGGGACUUCUCAAAGAGGCACUGGGAACCUUAGAUGGACAUUAGUCCAGGAAUGAUCUGCUGCCAUGGGAAGUGUUUUUGCCCAGUCCACUAACAGAACCUUAGAUGGCCAUUACAGCCCAGGAAUGAUCUGCUGCCAUUGAAGUGUUUUUGCUUAGUCCACUAACAGAAACUUUUGUUUUACGAUAUGAUGAUUCCGUGUCCUAGAUUGGUUCAUGUCAACCUCUUGCCUUUAAAAAUUGAAGUGUUGCUGGUAGAAAUAAAAUUGUUAUUCAUUGUAUUUUUUGGGAAAGGUUUUAUAGCUUUUGAUGAAGUCAGUUGAUGUAUGCUUCACUGGUGCGGUGUGUUCUUGUUGAAAGUUGAAAAUUUUGCAUAUAAAUGUAAGUCAUUUUAUUUUUUUUGACAGUAUUUGUGUUACUUUGAGUAAAACGAUUCAUUCACAUAAA